AUGGGUGUUCCCGCUAUGUUUCGCUGGCUCAGCCAGAAGUACCCCAAGAUCGUCUCGACUGUUCAAGAAGAGCAGCCGAAGAAGGUUGGUGAUGAGGUCAUUCCUGUCGACCGCACCGGCCCCAACCCGAACGGCGAAGAGUUCGACAACCUAUAUCUCGACAUGAACGGCAUCGUUCAUCCCUGCUCGCAUCCCGAAGAUAAGCCUGCACCCAAGACCGAAGCGGAUAUGAUGAUGGCCAUCUUUGAGUAUACAGACCGUGUUGUCGGCAUGGUGCGCCCGCGCAAGCUGCUGUACAUGGCAGUGGACGGUGUCGCUCCUCGUGCCAAGAUGAACCAACAGCGCUCGCGUCGUUUCCGCGCUGCAAGGGAAGCCAAAGAAAAGGAUGAAGAGCGCGCCGAGUUCCUCAAAAUGCUCAACUCACAGAAAGCCAGUCGUGGUGAAGACAUCAACAGCUUAGAAGAGGUCGUUGAGAAGACCUGGGAUUCUAAUGCUAUUACACCCGGUACACCCUUCAUGCAUCUUCUUGCUGAGAGUCUCCAAUACUGGUGCGCGUACAAGUUCACUACCGACCCAUCGUGGAAGGACAUGAAAGUCAUCAUAUCCGAUGCAUCUGUGCCUGGUGAAGGAGAACACAAAAUCAUGAAUUUUGUUCGCUCGCAACGCGCUAUCCCUACUCAUGACCCCAAUACCCGUCACGUCAUCUAUGGGUUAGACGCUGACUUGAUAAUGUUGAGUCUUGCUACUCACGAACCCCACUUCCGAGUUCUCAGAGAAGAUGUCUUCUUCGAUUCCGGUAAGGAUAAAGCUUGCACGCGAUGCGGACGCAAAGGCCAUAUUCGCAACAACUGUGAAUUCCCAGACGACGGGAAGAAGCUUACCGAGGAGGAGGCUGCAGAGGAGUGGGCCGCUUCUGAGCACCCGCCGAAGCCAUACAUUUGGCUGCACACCAAUAUUCUCCGCGAGUACUUGGCUGUCGAAAUGGAGACUCCAAAGCGGCGUUUUAAGUACGAUCUUGAGCGAUCGCUUGAUGACUGGGUGUUCAUGUGUUUCUUUGUUGGAAACGAUUUCUUGCCACAUCUGCCCAGUCUUGAGAUUCGAGACCAAGGUAUUGAUCUACUUAUCAGCAUCUGGCGAGAUCUAGCCGCUGAGAUGGAUGACUAUGUGACAAAGGACGGCUUCCCUGACAUGCGUCGCGUACAACAGAUUCUCGGUGCUCUAGCCAGUCGGGAAGCCGAUAUCUUCAAGAAGCGGAAGGAGGUCUCAGAUCGUCAAGCCGCGAACAGAGCCCGACGAGAGGCUCAGCAGAAUGGCAGAGGUCGAGGUCGAGGAGAUGACACCUAUAGUUCAGGUCCGCCGCAGAAGCGCGUAAAGGAGAGCACCGACACUUACCUGAACUCGGGCACAAUCUUCUUCGAUCCAAAAGACGCCCAAUCGAACGACACCCGUCGUGAUCACGCAGCGAUGCGCUCACCAAUGCCCGAGGCUGAAGGCACUCAGGAAACAGAUUCUGCGACUGGUGUUGAGGCACCGGUCGAGCUCGGUAAGCGCAAAGCCGAUGAACUGGAGGAUGCCGACAACGGCACCCCAGGCCGCAACACUCCCGUUGUACCAGCGUCGCCAGCCGCUGAAACACCGAAGAAGGAGGAUGGAACCCCGGAAGACACCAUCAAACUCUGGGAGGAUGGUUAUGAGGAGCGAUACUACGAACAGAAGUUCCAUGUGGCACCUGAUGAUAUCGCGUUCCGUAACAAGGUCGCUCGACAGUACGCGGAAGGUCUAUGCUGGGUAUUGGCAUACUAUAUGCAAGGUUGCCCUUCCUGGACCUGGUACUUUCCCCACCACUACGCACCCUUUGCCGCAGACUUUGUAGGUCUCGAGGACAUGGACCCUCGCAAGCUCUUCGAAAAGGGCACGCCGUUCCAUCCGUACGAGCAGCUCAUGGUCUUGCCUUUCAUCGACUCCAAGCGUCUGCUUGAUGCCAUGGCGACGAAGUACCCCGAACUAUCUGAUGACGAGAGGAAGCGGAACGAAUUCGGCAAGGAGACGUUGAUGUUCUCGCAAGAGGGCGGUCUCUUUGACGACGUUGAGAAGGCGCUCUAUCGCAAAGGCGUCAAGAAGCACAGCAUCGAUCCGGCCCAGAGUCGUGCUCUGCACGGGGACAUUGAGCCGCAUGAUCUAUUCGUGCUGGACAGUCAACUAGUCCCUCCCUUCGAUGUUGAUGGGGACAGUGAGUUUGAGAUCGUGCAGGAUGGUUCUAUGAGGGUAUACUACGAAAUGCCACGUCUGAAUUCGAAGAAUGCGCAUAAGUCUGUCUUGCUUCCUGGCACCAAGAUGCCAACACCUGCACUUAGUCCCGGUGAAGCUGAAUCUGUACGCCGAUCAAAUGAGCGUGGCGGUUGGCGUGGUGGACGGGGCGGCGGGCGUGGCGGCGGAGGUCGUGGAGGUUUCAAUGAUCGCCGCAAUAACGACAACAUGCGUGGCGAUUACCAAAACGGAGGACGAGGUGGCUACAACAAUGGAGGCAGGGGAGGCUACAACAACGGAGGAGGUCGUGGAGGUUACAACGGAAACCAAGGUGGCUAUGGUGCACCACAAAACUUCCCACCGCCCUUCCCAAACUCAUGGCCACCCCCACCUGGUGGUGCAAACUUCGUCCCUCCCCCACCACCAGGCUGGGUACCACCUCCACAGCAGGGAGGCUAUCAGGGCGGUGGAGGCUACGGCGGUCCUCCUGGAAUGCCACCUGCGCAGCGUCCGGCCUGGAUGGGCAACGCGCCUCCUCAUCAUGGCGGCCCACCACCGCAACAAGCCGGCAACAACAGCUCGCUUAGGAACGAGCAGUACUACCGCCCUGCGGAUGAGAUCCUAGGUCGCAACGGCGGCGGGAGCGGAGGCUACGGAGGACACAGGAACGACAACCCAUACAAUGACCGACAACCCCGGAAUGAUCGUGGCGGGGCUCGUGGUGGUCGGGGAGGUGGCCGAGGUGGAGGUGGCGGUGGCGGUGGCGGAUAUGGAGGAGGCGGAAACAGGCAGUCGCACAACUCGAACGACUACCGCUGA